GUCAGGUGUCAAUGCAGGUGUGCAGGCAUUAGGCUAGAGCUUCGGGGUAAGGCAAUACAUGUCACCAUAGGCAGUAGCCAACGAAAGACACUUUUUGUGGCUAGUUUCCCAGCCAGCCAAUGGGGAAAGCAAACCCGUAAUACCUCUACACGUUUCAGAGCCACGAACAGCUUCAUUGGAUUAAAGAAAGACCAUUGGCAUACGAAGAUCAUUGCACAUAGAAGGAAUAACCUUCCGUCCGCAACCCAUAUUAGCGCCCGACCUACAUAGCUGGCGGCAGCUGGGCAGAAUUCCUAUCACUUUCAUGCAAUGUCUAGGCGCUCGUCUUCGUCAAGAGCUGGAGCCAGCGAUGCUCAGCGUCGGGCGUCUGGACCGUCAGGACUGGUAGACGCUCUCGCACGGUUUGGGAACAGCAUAAAUGGAAGAGGCGGUCCAUCAAAGGCUGCCUUGGACAAAGCGAGUGAUAUUGGCUCGCGGCUGACUUCAGCGUUAGAUGACAAGGAGGAAGAUGAGGCGUCAAUUGCUAUACCAGCCAUGACACAACCCACCAUCCGAUCAGGCUUGAUGAAAGUGUUGGUUCUCGCGGUUCGCAACCUCUCAGAGCGGCGACCAGCUUCGAAGCGUGAAAGCCAAAAGUGGAAGUAUCCGUUCAUGGCAGUCUUGCGCUUGGCGAAAGCAACUCUGGACGCUCGGCAAGGCUCCUCGCCCGUCCCUCAUCCUCUGGAGAGCGAGAUAGUUCGCCUGAUGAUUAAAACGGACCACCUGUCCUGCCUUAGCAGGCUUCUCGACAAGAUAACCACAGAGAUCGCCGUGCCGCCGGCAGCUGGCCAGGCCGCAACCACCAGCGCUGCUGUUCGCCGGACCCCAAUCCGCAUGUCUGAAGGCUUUGUCAUCGGCGAUACGGCACACCUGGUGAAGAGCCUGCUUUGCCUCGUCCGAAGCCGCGCCUCCGGCCACUACGCUCGACUGGGGCUCAUGGACGCCUUGGCUCGCAGCAACCUGUUCGAGCACCUCCCCCGCACGGUGAUGCUGCAACUCUGGAAGUUCGCGGGCAGGCCUGGAGACGAGGACACCCGCAUCAUCCUGCUGCCCACCGUCUGGGCCCUAUGCGCCAUGCUGGAGGUCCUAACCAUGUGCCGAGGCAUGGCUGACCCACGGGUCGCCCGCUGGGCCACCCGAAUCCUCUCCGGCCCCUGCCUGCAGCACUUUUGCCUCGUGCUGGCGGUCACGCAGCUCUGUGCCGCGGACGGAGGCAGCGCCUUCGGUCUGCCGCCGGGUGCACAGCUCCCUCCGGUGAUCUGCAACCCCAACACGGGGGAGCUGGUGGUUCCGGUGCUGUGGACCGGCCCCAGGUCGCCCGCCCUGCAUGCCGAGCCGCUGGUACACAUAGUGGACUUCUGGCUGACGUGUACGGUCUCGGGAGGCGCGCUGCGGCCGCCCUGCUCCGAUGCCGCCCUGCAGGCGCUGUGUGUACGGCUGGCUGACGCAGCGAAUGCCUCCAUCGAGGAAGGAAGCCGCCAGCAGACGGGAGGGACGAGAGACCAGCAGCGGGCGGCAGCGGCGGCGGCGCCGCGGCCACAAUUCUACCGACCGCUCUGCAUGCAGCUGGCUUGUCGUGCGCUCAUGUGCGCCGUGUCAUCGGCCAUGCAGGGCGACGGUGGCAUGGCUCGGCUGUGGGUGCCGAUCAUCCGCACCGUCCACAACGCGCUGAGCGAGGGCAUGGAGCGGCAGGAGGAGCUGGGGGCGGAGCAACUGCAGGAGCUGCUGCGACCCAGGCUACCGCUGCUGCGGCCUGGCCAGUGUCCCCUGCCUACCGAGGUUCAUCCGAGCAUCGCAGUACCGCUGGCGGCUGGCUACGUGCCCUGCCUGGAGCGGCUGCAGCGCCGCGCCCUCCACGCCAACACCAAGAGCAUCAAAACCGCGGCUGCAGCGGCGGCGGCCCUUUUCGAGCACUUCGGGGACUUUGGCCGCCUGUCCUGCCUCUUGGCGUACGGCGAGAUGCGGUCCGUAGCGGCGCUGAUUGCCACGGGGGCCAAGCUGCUGACCUGCGCCGCGGCGGGCUUUGAUGCUGCCGUUGAAACGCGGGAGCAGCAGGGUGCGUCGCUGGCGAGCGUGAUGGAGCUGUUGAACAAGUUCUCCACCGCGGAUGUGAACAUUGUGGCGGGGCUCCACGUGUUUGACAUGGCCCUCGGAAACAACCCGGAGAGUCAGCGGUACGUGGAUUGGUGGAAGCGGGGGCGUGAUGCGGCAGGCGCUGCCGCUGCCGCCGGUGCUGUCAGCGGAGGUAGCGGAGGCGGUGGGAGGGAAGCUUCAGGCACGGUAGGUGGCGUUCAAGCCGGCGGUGUAUCCACAGGAGGCAGUCGCGGCGGCGGCAGCGGUACUGGUGGAAGCAGGGCCGGAGGCGGCAGCGCGGGAGAAGUGAGCGCUGCGGGCGGCAGCAGCAGCAGCAGCGGUACAGCCGCCGGCUUCGUGCGUCCUAGCGAGCCCACGACCCGGCUCCUCACGCUGACCACCUUCACACUCAUGCGCUGGGUACCCGCGGUGGCAAGGGCGGCCAUUGCAUGCCACGGCAUGGCCCCAAGCCACUGCGCGCCGGGCCCGGACAGCGAAGCCGUCACCCGUAACGGAACCAGUGCCGCGGUCGCGCUGACAGCCCUGGUCUUCAGCUGGGUUCCCUCCAUCGCACAAGCCUACGUCUCCAGCAUUUCCAGUGACGCACCCGCCGCAGCCGACAGCUGGCGCAAGCUGCUGCUGCAAGAGGUGGACAUCUUCGGGCUGAUUCGCUCGCAGCUGCUGUACCUGCGGUCCUGCUGGGAGCGCUACGGCAGCACCGGCGGCACCACGCAGCGUGUGGAUUUGCUGGUAGCCGUGCUGACGCCGCUAGCGCUGGCCUUCCCGGAAGAGACGCAGGCGGCGCUGAGCGUUCCGUUGGUUUCGGAGCCCAGGCUGCGGCUGGCAGGAGUGCCCGCGAAUGAGGUGCUGGACGUGCUGAUGGGCCGACGCGUCGCCAGGUCGCCGUUGGAGAUCGUGCAUGCUGUUUGCGAGGGGGUGCGCCCGAGCAUGGAGGAG